AGCGUGCAAGCAUAUACGAGCACACACCCCUCUCGAAAAAAUGGCGUGCAACAACGAAGGAGUCAAAAAAUUUGUGCAGAAAAUUAUAGACGAAAAUGUCAUUGCCGUGUUUGCGAAAACGGAAUGCCCGUACUGCAUUAAGGCCAUCUCCAUUUUGAAAGGAUAUAACGUGGGCAAUAUGCAUGUAGAAACAAUCGAGAAGAACCCCAACAUGGCGGACAUCCAAGCCUACUUGAAAGACCUGACAGGAAAGAGCUCCGUGCCGCGGAUAUUCAUCAAUAAGGAGAUUGUCGGCGGGUGUGACGACUUGGUGAAGGAGAACGAAGAGGGAAAGCUCCAGGAGCGCCUGAAGAAACUGGGUCUUCUCAGUUAAAUCGAAGGGAAUGCAAAAACCUGGGAUGAAGGGCAUUCGCUUUUAGGGCGCCCCUACCUGGUACUGCUAACGUUGUAGCAUCGUUUUCGCCGUAGCUUGAUUGAAAAAAAAAGCGGAAUUAAUUUGCGCAUUUUGUGUAGACCAUGCAGCGUUCCUGUUGUUACGAGUGUGUGAAAAUUUUUCGCCAGACGGACACCAACGUUGUAGUGUGCAUAUGUAAAUGUAUCUGCGCGCGCAUAAUUGUGUGCACAAUAUGUACGUAGCGGUAUCAGUGUGCAAAGAAAUGGGAACAUAGUUGCCCCCGUUUUUUAGAGAAACCUUAAGCAAAAACUGAAAAGGGUUAUAAGAGAGCAACG